CACUGGAGGAUUCACACAGGACACAAGACAUAUCAGUGCUCUUAUUGUUUGGGAUCCUCUUCAACAUUGAUCCAUCCUCAGAGGACAACAGGAGAGAAGUCAUUUCAGUAUUCUGGAAGUGUGACAGGUUUUACAAUGAAGGCAAAACGUAUCACACAGCAGGAGACGGACACUGGUGAGAAACCAUUUCAGUGUUCUGAAUGUGACAAACCUUUUACAUCAAAGAGUAAUCUUAUAAAACACAAGAAGAUUCACACUGGAGAGAAGCCAUAUCAGUGUUCUGAAUGUGACAAAGCAUUUAUAGUGAAGGCAAAGAUGAUUCACACUGAAGAGAAACCUUUUCAGUGCUCUAAAUGUGACAAAGCUUUUCUACGGAAGACACAGCUAAUCAAACACCAGUGGGUUCAUACUGGAAAGAAGCCAUAUCAGUGUUCUGAAUGCAGCAAAGCUUUUACAUCGAAGUCAGGUCUUAUCACACACCAGAAGAUUCACACUGGAGAGAAGCCAUAUCAGUGCUCUGAAUGUGAUAAAUCUUUUGCACAGAAAGCUAAUCUUAUCUCACACCAAAAGAUUCACACUGGGGAGAAGCUGUAUCAGUGUUCUGAAUGUGAUAAAGCUUUUGCACAUAAGGAAAGCCUAAUAUCACACCAGAGGAUUCACACUGGAGAGAAGCUGUAUGGGUGUUCUGAAUGCGGCAAAGCUUUUGCAAACAAACAACAGCUUUUCUCACACCAGAAGGUUCACACUGGAGAGAAGCCAUAUCCAUGUUCUGAAUGUGGCAAAGCUUUCCCAUUGAAGCCAAGUCUUAUCAGACACCAGAGAAUUCACACUGGAGAGAAGCCAUAUCAAUGUUCGGAAUGUGGCAAAGCUUUUGCAUUGAACUCAGAGCUUAUCAUUCACCAGAUACGUCACACUGGAGAGAAGCCAUAUCAAUGUUCUGAAUGUGAUAAAGCUUUUACACAUAAGUCACAGCUUUUCAGACACCAGAAAAGUCACACUGGAGAGAAACCAUUUCAGUGUUCAGAAUGUGACAAAGCUUUUGCAGUGAAGUCAAGGCUUAUCAUACACGAGAUGAUUCACACUGGAGAGAAGCCAUAUCAGUGUUCUGAAUGUGACAAUGCUUUUACUGUCAAGAAGGCGUUUAUCAGACACCAGAGGAUUCAUGCUGGAGAGAAGCCAUAUCAAUGCUCUGAGUGUGACAAAGCUUUUACAAUGCGGCCAGAGUUUAUCAGACACAAGAUGGUCCACACUGGAGAGAAGCCAUAUCAAUGUUCUGAGUGUGGCAAAGAUUUUUCACGUAAGGAAAGCCUAAUCAGACACCAGACAGUCCAUUCUGGAGAGAAGCCAUUUCAAUGCUCAGAAUGUGAUAAAGCUUUUAAGCAUAAGGAAAGCCUUGUUAUACACCAGAAGGAUCACAAGGGAGAGAAGCCAUAUCAGUGUUCAGAAUGUGACAAAGCUUUUAUAGUAAAAAAAGAUCUUAUCAAACAUCAGAGAGUCCACACUGGAGAGAAGCCGUAUGAGUGUUCUGAAUGUGAUAAAGCUUUUACACAGAAGAUAGGUCUUAUCAGACACCAGAGGGUCCACACUGGAGAGAAGUCAUAUCAGUGUUCAGAAUGA